AUGACAGAAGAGUAUGUCGUGGCCACUCAGCAGACCAUCGGUACUCUAAUUACCAAGCCGAAGAUGGCGGACAAGUACCUCAAGAAGCCGCCGUUCAGGUUUCUUCAUGACCUCGUCAUGGAAGUUACGCGAACCACAAGUUUCGCGCAAGGGCUCUACAAUACAGAGGAGAGCGAUGCAGAGCAGCUUAAAGAGAAAGGUGCAAAGCUGGACUUCCUGAACAAGGCAAUCAGCGCGACAUGCUUCGCCCUAGGAGAAUCAAUUGAUGUCUCCGCAAGCAAGAUUGUAGCCGGAUUGGAGCCAGAAAAGACGAACGCGUGGCUUGUGAAGCUCCAUCAAGCUGCCACGACCUGCGUCGGGGAGAAGUCUGAGGCAGCGGUGCAACGAGUGCUGAGCGGCGAGCUCAUCGGUGCAGUCAAGGAGAAGAAGAAGAAGCCGAAGGAAGACGGCGCCCCUCCGCCUCCACCUGACGGUGCCGAGGAAGCCCCUGCUGCACCUUCAGCACCUGCAGAUGAUGAGGCCAAGAAGGAGGAGGAGCGAAAAAGACGGGCAGAGAAGAAAAAGAGGGAGGAGGAAAGAAAGCGCAAAGAGGCCGAGGCAGCGGCAGCCGCUGAGCAGCCGCCUCCCCCGGAGCCGCCAGCCCCUCCACAAGACGAUGCCGAAGAGGAAAGGAAGAAGGAAGAAAAACGCCGGAAGGAGGAAGAGCGUAGGCGUCGCAAGGAAGAAGAGAAGCGACGAGCGCAGGAAGAAGAGCAGCGCCGUCAAGAAGAAGCAGCCGCGGAAGCCGCCCGUGAGGACGAGCGGCGUGCCGAAGAGGCACAAGCGGCCAUGGCACAAGCGGCUAUGGCAGAUGACGGCUUGCAGGAUGCCCCACCUGCUCCACCUGGAGCCCUCUCGGAAGGUCCUGCUUCAGGGCCAGAUGAGAUCGCGCAGCGAGCCCAGGAGAUGCUCGCCCAACAGAGGGCUGCCGACAACGGCCGGCCGCGCACAGCCGGCAGAAAGCCUCCGAAGGUUACCUCCAAGGUGACCACUACGGAGCAGUCCACCGCUCCAGCCAAUGUGCCAGCCCCCGUGAUAAUUGCCGAGGGCACCGGCGUGGAGGAUGAGGAAGACAUGUUUGAGGCGGGUGGCCCUCCACCAGGGGCUCCACCGCCCCCACCGCCUCCAACGGAUGAUGGAGGUCAGCACGGCGCCCUGGUCAGCGACCUCCUGGCGGAGAAGCGGAAAGAAGAGGAGCGAGAACGGCUGAAAAAGGAAGAGGAGGAAACACGUGAGGAGUUUGAUGACGGCUCCAAGGGCAUCAAGAUGAAGCUCCGCCGGAAGAAAGACACAGGCAGCGCCAUCGUCGAAGUGGAUCCGGUGAAGCUCGGUGAAGCUAUACAGAGCCUGUGUCAAGCAGCCAAUCCACUUGGCAAGUCCAUCGAUCUGGUGCACCAGGACAUAGCCAAUAUGGGGAAGGAGCUUGACCAUUGGAAGCAGGAGUACCGUGAGUCAAGUGAAGCCUACGGCCAGCAGCUGAAGAUGACAGAGGAUCUUUUGCAGCCGCUUUACCAGAAGAUAGCGGAGUUAGAUGACAAGAUUGCGGAGCAGCAGGCAAAAAUCCGCAACAGUAGAUCCCGUAUCUCCAAGAACGACUUGAAGAUACAGCAGCUUCUGGAGUCUGUGGUGAUGGUGAGAUAG